GGGGCGGGGCCGGAAGUGACGAAAAUGGGAGGCGACGCGGCCGGGGAUGAGAAGGGCGGGAAUUUCGACUUUGGAGGCUGGAAGGCGGAAGGAAGUGGCGAGAGAAUCCCGGAGAAGCCCCGGCCUCUCUCUCGGUCGAGGUGAGCCCCCCCACCAUAUAAAGGGAAAUUAAUAAUAAAUGGCCAGUAAUAAUAAUAAUAAUAAUAAUAAUAUAACGUUGUUGUCGGGAGCUGGUGGUUGCUUUGUUUUAUCUAUCUAUCUAUCUAUCUAUUUAUCUGUCAUCACUAAAUUUGCAUGCCUCCCUUGACCCAAAGAUCACAGGGCGGCUCACAACAUGAAAACACAGAAUAUAUAAAAAAAAGCAUCAAGAAAGGCGAGGAGUCCUCUCCCCCCCCCAUUUCGAUAAAGCAGUUCAAAUUACCUGUAUAACAAAUUAACCCAGAAAGCUUAACGUUAUUGUCUUAACACAAGCGAUAUUUUGGUAAUCUAGAUGAUAGCAUCUGUAUUAUUGUGGGGAAAGUCACGUUACAUGUAUUGUCUAAACGCAGCUAGCCUAAAUUUUUCAUAACGAUGCCAUUGGUAUUCAGGUUGUUUUGCUACUUCUAGACUACUUCUCAAUCACAUUUUUGGAGGGUGUUGUACCUUUGUGUGCAAGAAUUACAUCUCAUGAAUCACGUACAAGAGGAAACCAGGGGGGGGGGGAGAGAUAGCUCCAUAUAGUUUUUCUAUUUCUGUUAUGUUGUCAGGUAUUUACUACCUUGCAGUCAUACUCCUCAGACUGAACAUUGCAAUUCUACCAUCAUUUUCUACAUAUUUAUUAUCACAGUUGCUUUGACAUGGAGCACUACAAUAAACCAAUAUUUUUACAGUUGACAAUAAGGAUCUCCCAGAUCUUAGAUAUAGUAUAAUGUCUAUUUAUUUUUUUCAGUUAGGUUUCUAUGAAAUGGACAAAGCUGCAGGUGACUUAAAACUGGCUCUUCACAAUGGAUGUGAAUCCUUGCAGAUACAUGUAGAAGUUCAUCAAAAAUCAAACAGGUUGGUGUAAAAAUUUCCAUUUCAGAAACCCCUUUCAUCCUCACUUGCAGCAGAAUGUCAUGUGCUGAAGCGGGGGUGGGGGUGGGGGGGACAAACAAUAAGUCCCAGAAGCUGACUAGACAUGGUGGGGCUCAAAACCAUGUGUAGAUCUCAUCCACACUGUAUAAAAGGUUUAGAAAAAACAGCCUUAUUUCGUAAUGAAGUUGCUGCAAGUUCUGUGAGUUGCCUUAUACAGAUCAUUGGUCCAUCUAGCCCCCAACACUCCAAGAUAACUUUCAGAGAUACUGAAAAUUGCACAUAGGACCUUCAUGCAACGUAAAUGAUCUGCCACAGAACUUUGCUAUCUUCCACAUUCUAAAGAUUAAGGAAAUCGUAUUUUCAGGAGGAGAAUCAGUUACGUUGGUAACUUUUGUUACUUUUGUAUACUUGUGGCUAAAAAGCAUAUUUUCACCUGUGCCCAUUUGGCUGAUGGCAGGGGACCUUUCCUCUGUACAGUGAAGCUUAGUGCAUAAGGUUUAGGCAGGUCGAUUUUGUUUUACCGUAUUUUUUGCUCUAUAAGACUCACUUUUUCCCUCCUAAAAAGUAAGGGGAAAUGUGUGUGCGUCUUAUGGAGCGAAUGCAGACUGUGCAGCUAUCCCAGAAGCCAGAACAGCAAGAGGGAUUGCUGCUUUCACUGCGCAGCAAUCCCUCUUCCUGUUCUGGCUUCUGAGAUUCAGAAUAUUUUUUUUUCUUGUUUUCCUCCUCCAAAAACUAGGUGCGUCUUGUGGUCUGGUGCGUCUUAUAGAGCAAAAAAUACGGUAUAUUUUUCUCUUUCUGCAGGCCCUUCACCUGAGAGCAGCUUGCUCAAUCCCUAGUAGGAUACCAUAAUCAAGAGUGUGAGGGUUCGCUGCUGGGCAUACUUUUCACAGCCUCUGAGUGGGUGGGGUCUCCUUGCACCAGGUCUUUUCUAGCUGUAACGGUUAUGCCUGAAGUUAUGAUGUUUUUCUCUUUUACCCAGCACUGCAAAGGAAGAUGAUAUCAAACUGGGUGUCUUAAAACUACUAGAAAGGCAUCCUGUGGUCUUUGGUGAUUACAAAUGGACUGAGUUUGAUGAUUAUUUCCUGACAAAUAAUGUGCAGUCCAUUGCAGUUGUGGACACAGAGCUAAAGUUGAAGGAAAGACAGGUAUUACCUUAUGGCUUACCUUAUUCAAAACUUAUGGGGUGUGUGGAAGGCUGCAGCUUGUUACUAUUAAAUAAGAUCAUGAAAGCGGAGGUAACGUCCACUACAAUUGCUGUUAAGUGCAUUUGUCUGGAUCAUGAAUGCUUUCUGCAAUCCAAAUUCCCCCGUAUUGUUGGCUCCCCUUUUCCAACUGCUACUGGAGAAUGCAUGCAUUGUGUAAGUUUUCAGUUUUGAAUGCUCGUGUGAAAAUAGAAUGCCAGAUAGAAAACUGACAUGACAGAGAAUGGGUGGACAACAGCAUUUCUCCCAGAAGUGCCACUUUUUCUUAAUAUGAAGUGUUCGCUGCACACACCACUACCCGCAAGAGGGAGCACUGAAAAUUGUAUUUUCCUCCUACAGUCUGAAGUGGUGAAGUUCACGCUACCACCUCAUUCUCUUCCAUGUAUAGAUGAGGGCUUAUAAUUCAUGGUAAGUUUAAUUAGACUAGGCCAGACUCCUUUGGGAGCCAGUGUGGUGUAGUGGUUAAGAGAGUAGUCUCGUAAUCUGGUGAACCGGGUUCACAUCCCUGCUCCUCCACAUGCAGCUGCUGGGUGACCUUGGGCUAGUCACACUUCUCUGAAGUCUCUUAGCCCCACUCACCUCACAGAGUGUUUGUUGUGGGGGAGGAAGGGAAAGGAGAUUGUUAGCCGCUUUGAGAUUCCUUAGGGUAGUGAUAAAGCGGGAUAUCAAAUCCAAACUCUUCUUCUUCUUCUUCUUUGAAAACUACCUCAGACAAUUUUUACCACCACUUGAGAAACUGGACACUUUACCUUGCUUUAACAAAAGUUAUCUUAAAAGAUGUAUCCAGGUUGCUUGCCAGAGAGUUCUCAUGUGGUUUUUCCUCUUCAUUACAGGCAAUAAAUCUGAGUAAGUGCAACCUUUCAUUACACAUUUUUCAUCUCGGUGAAGAAGGGCCCAGUGCUGAAAAUCUGGAGGCAGAGGAUGAGAAUAUUGUUGCGGCUAAUCACUGGGUGUUACCAGCAGGUAUUUUUAAAUUAUUUAUAGUUUUUAAGAUGGUCCUGAUGGAGUUGGAACAGCAUAGGAUUAGAAUGUACUAGUCAAGAGGAAGUAGAAGGAUGGUUUGAUUAUUUAUGUGGGCAGGGACAGAUUUAGAUUAAAACUGAUGGGAGCAAGCAAGAAAUUGAAAACUGCAUAGAACACUAAAUUAGAGUACACUGGUCCUGCCACUUAUUUGUAAUGGGGGUUUGAGCCCCAUGUUGGACAAAAGAUUCCUGCAUUACAGGGGUUGGACUAGAUCAGGGGUUGGCAAGAUCCCUCCGUGGCCUGGUUUGCGGGCGCGUGUGAGUAUGCACACCCAUUAUUUCCGGCGCAUGCGCAGACACAAUUUCCAGCACUGCAGAAGUGAGUCCCUGUGCCAUGCUGCGCCAGGGACUCGGUUCAGGGGCAGCUCGUGGGCCAGUUAAACGACCCCCAUGGGCCGCUUGUGGUUAAGAGCCUACCCCUGGACUAGAUUAUCCUAAUGGCCCCUUCAAACUCUAUGAUUCUACUAUGCAUGGAAAUAAAUGAAGAGCGAGAGGAGUCCUAGAUCUCACGCAAACGUCCCAGAGCCCAGUAAGCAAGGUGGAGGGCUCAAAAAGUUCUUUCCAUGACUUGACUCAAAUGUACAGGUGAUGGGGAAACUCGGGUGGAACGAAGCGCGGAGUGGUCGAGAUGCCUGUGACAGCGGGGCCAUAUGGCCAAUCCCAACCCAGUUGCUUUGACAGAGUGAAAAUGGGCUUCAUGAUGGGCUUUGCUGUUGGUAUGGCAGCAGGUGCACUGUUCGGCACAUUUUCUUGUCUCAGGUUUGGCAUGAGAGGGUGAGAACUGAUGGGUGGUGUUGGCAAAACCAUGAUGCAGAGUGGUGGAACUUUUGGGACAUUUAUGGCAAUUGGCAUGGGAAUCCGCUGUUAAUGUUACUUUUCUAUCACGAAGACCAAUGCCCCUGCAAGUUGGAAGUUCUGCUAUGUAGUAGAAUAAAAAUCUCUGCACCAGGAUUGAAUAAUCCAUCAAAAAAUAAAUAAAUGUACAGGUGAUUAGAUUGCAGAUGGGGAAUCUUUGGCCAUGCUGGCUGGGGCUGAUGGGAGCUGGAGUCCAGCAACAUUUGGAAGGGAACAGGUCCCACACCAAGGCUGAAAUGCAUCAUGUUGUCUUAACCGGAAUAAGAAAUAUGACGUGAUCCUAUGUAUGUGUGUUCAUAAGUAUGUUCAGUGCAGAGAAUGCAGCACUGCAGCACCACCAAAGUUGGUGUAAUUCAUUAAGUAGCAAAUGGGUUGUUGGGUUUAAAAAUGAUAUUUUGAUUUGCAAAACCACACAUUGGAAAUGAUGCAUAAUGGUUCUAUGUUUCAGCUGAAUUCCAUGGUCUAUGGGAGAGCCUUAUUUAUGAUGCUGAGAUAAAAUCAGAUGUAAGUUGAAAGUAUUAAGUUUUUAUCUGGGAUAUAAACGGUUCUUCAUUGUAAACUUUAACUGAACUAGAUGAGUUGUCCACUCUUACUCAGGCUUGUGUCAAGUUCAGAAGCAGUUUGUUUGUUUUUUAUAAUUUUUUAAAAUUAGUUUUCAAUUACAGUCCAAUAAUAGUCUCAUUAUAACAGUACCAAUUUAUAAUACCAAUCAUUCAAAUACCCAGUUAUAUAGUUUAGAUAAAGUGACCCCCUGCAUGCUAGAUUUGAUGGUUUGAUGAUUUUCUUUAUUUCUGCAUUCCAAAAUCUUAUUAAUUUCAUUUACAUUCUGGUCAUAAUAAUAAUCCCUUCUACAACAACUGCAAUAUUCAUAAUUUCUAUUUGUGUUGACACAUUAAAUGAUUUAUAAAACUACAAGUUAGGAACUCAAACUAUAUCCUUGUUCUUCCUGUGCGGCAAUUAUUCUGUCUGUGGUGUUUCUUCGGGUCCUUGUAAGAUGUUAUAUCUUUCCUUCCCCCGAUUGUUGCUGUUAUCCGUCAUGCCUUAGGCAGUGCUGAUAUCCUAUUGUUGUUCCAGAAAUGUCUCCGUCGCUCCAUCCCAUGCUUCGUUGUUUUGCAACUUUAACAGCUGCAAAAGUCACUCUAUCCCAGUAGAUAAUGUUCUCACCAUUUUUCCUCUCAGCCUGGGAAGAAGAGCGAUCUGUCGAACUGUAGAUGACUCAGUAAAGAACCUUAUCCGUUCCUUUGCAGUUCACAAGCUCCUUUCAUCCUUCCUUCCAACUGAAGAUAUAUGAGCAAUUAUACUUCCAAUUAAAUUAAAUUCCAAGUCCUUUUAGCAUUACUCAGUUCACUCCAUAAAUAAUAAAAGAUGGGGAAGAGUCAGCUCUAAGUUUUCAUCGUAAACCUUUUGCAAAAUACAGCUCCCUCCAUUUUUCCUUUUCUUACACAUACAGUUCCGUUUGAUGCUAUAUUACAUAUUUAUAAUCCAAUUUCUUCCAUCCUUGCUUGUACAAUUAUAAUCUGUACUAACAUUCAGAGGAGCGUUGCCAAAUCAUAAAUGUAGAGAAUAAAACUUUAAAGAAACCGUAGGCUCCACUCCCACACCUUUUGCACCAAAUGAGGUCUUAUCUCAAGUUCACACCUUAAAGUCCUUGCAGUUGGUUUGUUCUGCAGUUUGUGAUCUCAUCUCUUAUAGCAUGCCCCUGUAUUUUAGUUCAAUUAAGCUCUAAUUAAUAGGAGAACCUCUGCUUCUUAAUGGUGUCAGAGGGUUUUCAGCAGGCAAAGUGCUUUUGCAUUGGGCACCUCCCUGCUCCCUGCAUCCAAUGCCGGAGCGAGAGCCAGGUACCGCGAUGAACUGCGAGUGAAGCCUAUUCCCUGGAGGGAAUUUGCAAGGAUAAUUACCCUCAAUAAUCCUUCUUUUUUCUUUGCCAACAAUCUCCCACUGUCAUGGAGGCUGCCUCCAUUAAGGCAGAGUGGAACCGGAAGCCAGGUUCAGAAGCAGUUUAGAUUGGCUUGGUUUGGACUGCAAGGAGUGACCACAAGGAGUUUUGCAGCUUUCAGUGCCAUUUUUGGUUAACUGCAGCUUGUCAUUUUGUCCAAACCAGGACAGAAAUUUCCCUACCACCAUAGAAAAUGAGCUUAUCACACCUGCAUGUGACAGAUAAUCUACCCAUUUAAAAAACAAAAAUGUGAUUGGAAAAUACAGCUUUAAGGGCUGCUCCUGGAAAAACUGCUUCUGUUGCUGGACCAGUUUUGUUAUUUAGUUGCAUUUCCUCUCCUUGUUUCUUUCUCUUCUGAUUCUAUGGAUCUUAAAUUUCUCCAAGCUGCUUGUAGUGGGGCUAUUUAUGUACAGAUUGCUCUGGGAUUUUGCAUGGCUUCUGUACACAAAGGUUUAUGCAAAUGAGAAAUAUAAGUAGUUUUGCAUAAUUCCUAAACAUUCUCGCUGUUUGUUGAGGAUUUAUGCUUCCUUUAGGGUCCCCAUUAGUUUUAAUUACCUGUAGAUUGCAUUUAAGGAGUUUCCAAAAGGAUCCUCACCUGUCCUGUUCUGUCCCCUCUCCAUCUUCUGUAAUAGUCAGUGUUCCUGUACUACUUGGAAAUAGUCCCUUGGUCUCCAUAUGUUGAUCUAUCAACUUGAGGACUGGAGUAGCUAACAGUGCAAUGCUCUCUAUAUAUAUGCAGGUAUAGGAUCACAGUUUAAAGUUGCACUAUUGAUGGGAAGUGUGAAAAGCAGGAUGUCCAGGUGGCACUGGAGAUGCUGAGCAAAUUAAUAAGUUAUGCCUUUGUUUUAAAUUUUGUGCUAUCCAUAAGUUGACCAGCAGAAAAAUUUGCAGGCUAGCUACUUUUUACUGGCUUGAAAACAAGACUUGAGUAUGGAAUCUCUAUCUUCUUACUACCCCGUCUGCUGUUUAGACUCCUAAAUAGCUGGGCAUGGAUCCCACUGCAUUAACACAGCAACUGAACAAUAUUUUUGUUGUGCGCAAGUUAAUUGAUUAGGUAUAUUGGUUCAAAGUGUCCAACUUGUUUGCUGGUGUGCGGGAAAAUGUCUAUCAAGAUCCUUACACAGUUAAUCAUGCAUGGUAAAUGAGAAAUUGCCUGUGACUCUUCCAAGGAAUGAAGUCUUCUGAACACGAUUGUUUUCCGAAUGGGAUGCAAUACUACAUUAAUAUUUCAACAGACUGUUUUAGGACUGUCUUCCAGAAUAGACACAAGACAUUAACAGCAAACAAAAAACAAAACUAAUGGGAAUGAAUGUUUGUGCAAGCAUUAUGUAAAUAUAUUGGAAAUUCCAGAGGUAGCAGGAUAUCAGACAAAUUUCACAGCUAUAGGUGUUAAUUUUUAUUGCCUACUGAUCUUGAAAGUCUUGUGCUAUUUGCCUACAAAUACAAUACUGGGUUCUGAUGUUCCAACGUGGUGGUUUCUGUUCACACCUCUUUUUUGCUAUCAUUGAGAAAAAGAGAGUGCUUUAUUUUUUAAAAAACAACUAAAUAAUUCAGUUAUAAUGUGGAAUUUUAUUUCUCUCCCCCCACCCUUUUCUCUCUCUCUGCUCAAUUAGCUAUUAGAUUAUGUGACUACAACAUUACUGUUCUCUGACAGAAAUGUCAACAGCAACUUGAUAUCGUGGAAUAGAGUUGUUCUGCUGCAUGGUAAAGUUUAAAUUUUACUGUUUUAUACAGGACUGAAGUACUUAUAGCCUUUAUAUAGCACCCUUAAAGUGUUGAAAGUACUUCACGUGUCUUGGCCUCAUUCAUAUGUGACACAUAGCCAUGGUUUACUUUAACCAUGGUUUGUGGUUGUUGAACCAAACCACAAGUUAGUGUAUAUUUUAAUGUACGAAAGGAGUCUUAAAAUACUAGACAGAAGUAAAUUGCUUCAGUUUCAUCAAACAUGUGAAGCAUGCAAAGGCCAAAACCUCACUUUAGUUGGAGAUGAUGAUUAAACUUGUUAGCCCCUACCUUUUUUGGGGGGGCUAAAAGUAACUCAAAGCAACUUACAAAAUUAGGUAUGUGUUCAAUACUUAAGUUUUCUGUACUUUAACUGCAGGUCCUCCAGGAACUGGUAAAACUUCGCUAUGUAAAGCACUGGCCCAGAAGCUGACUAUUAGACUUUCUCAUAGGUAAUUCAGAUAAUUGUUUGGUAUCUUAAAAAUUAAAAUAGUACCUAGUCUAAGAGCUCUGCUUUUCAAAAGUAGACUAUUCCUGUGCUAUGCAGCUCCUUUUCAUUUUCCUGUGACUUGCAGGAGAGAAUUUUCCAGCGGAUUGUUCCUCGGACAUCUUCCCUCUGUUUUGUGCCUCCUCACCGGCAAGAUGAACUCUUGGGUGGAAGAAAUUAAAAGCAAUGCUAUGCAUUUGUUUUAGAAAGUGAGAAAAUAUUAUGUCCCAAAGUAAUUGAAAUAACUUAGCUAUUGAAAUUCUAAAUUAUUUAACAAAUAAUGAUAGGUUGAGCACUUUUUAUAAUGACAAGUUGGGCACGUUUUCAGUGGGGAUCUAAGAACAUACCUAGGUGCUUGCAGCUUUAAUGGGAAAGUUAACAGGCUGGACCAUGCUGUGUGAACUUAGAUUUCACCAGGGUCCUUGGGGAAAUGCCCUUACGGAUAAGUUGGAAACAUAGGAAGUUGUCCUGUGCCGUCAGAGCAUUUGUUCGCCUCACUCAGCAUUGUUGACAGUGACUCCCCAGUGUUGCAGACUCCCCGCUCUGCCUGCAGAUGCCACUGAGGACUCACCCAGGGACCGUUUGCAAGUGGAGCGUCAGGCUGCAGCCCUUGCCCUCGACUUAAUUUCACUUUCUUCAGGGUUAUCACUGCACUCCUGGACUUUUCCCUUUGAGCUAUAUGAGCACCAGCAGCAUUAAUGAUAUUCCUUCUUUUACUGAGCUGAUUUUUCACUUAAAUUUUAGAUAUCGCUAUGGACAGCUGAUAGAGAUAAACAGCCAUAGCCUCUUCUCCAAGUGGUUUUCUGAGGUAAGUAUUUAUGCAACAUUCUUAGCGGUUUUGUGAUUCGGAGAAUGUUUCUUGCCUAUGCAGUGGUUUAAAGAUACUGUCAAAUUUGUCCAGUAGUUAGGGUUCUUAUGCUGUGUCUUAGCACACGGUUCUUUUUACUUUUUGGUGUAAAAGUAAAUACUGUAUCCAUGAACCUGAUGCAGAGAAAAUAAUGUUCUCCAGUACAGCCCUUUAGACAAAAUGAAGUGGAUUGUGGAGAACUACCUCAUGCGACAAUACACAGUAAGAAAAAUUGCAGAGCCUUAAUAAGUGGAGUGAAUGGCUAACCCUCCUUUUAGCACGGGAACCCCGUCAUUUCUCCAGCCUUCUGCUUCUUGCACCACCAGGAUAUCUCUGUAACAUGUACUUGGUCUACUGCAGCAAUUGACAACCUUUUAGGCCACAUUUGGAUUUCUGAGAAAGUGCCAUGGAUACUACUCCCUCUAGUCGCUGCUCUUCCCCUUCCCUCGCUUGGAUCAGGCCUCUCUGAGAGACAGAAAACAUGCACACACAACACUUUUUUUAAAAAACAACCCCACAUUUCUAAAUAUAUUGACAAAGUUGUGUCAAAGUAUAUACAGCAAAAUUAUUAGUUAUAACAGAUAUGCAAUGAUUGUGCAUUGCUUAGAUUGGUGACCAUGAGUAAAAUGUAUUUUGUAUCAGUAACAAUAAGUAUUUAUAGGAAUUUUUAGGAAGGGGGUGAGGAAGAGAAGAAGGAAGAAAAUAAAAUGUGUACUUCAUGCACGCCAACUGUGCUGUAAGCUUUGGGUUCUGUUCUACCAUAUACCUCAUUAUUUGUGUAAUCAAUAAAGUCACAUUGGGCUACAUAAAAAUUCUAAUGUUUCUUUUGACCUCUUGCUUCUUUAAUUUUUGCGACAAUUUUUCCAGUAACGCUGUUUGGCAAAUUGCUGCUCCACGAGUAACAAUUGUAACUAUUUCCAUGUCCUGGCAAUAAUUGUUCUUGCAGUGGUUAAAGAUGUAUUAUGAGUCCGUUGUUCUAAUUUGCAACAUUUCGUGACUUUGCAAGUUCAGUAGUGCUAGUCAGGGGGUCUGUCUGCAUUGUAAUCAAAGGUAUUUCCAUAAAUACAAGGGAUCUGUGUAAAGCCUGGAUCCAGUAGAACUACUCUGAUUCCUGAAAAGCACAUAGAGCUGAAAAAGGAAGUGGGAAAGAGUGUCCGUCUUCCAGCUUCCUUUGGUGCUAUGUUCUUUUCAAGGAAGAAAAAGUUAACGGCCUUCACCACCUUAUAUCUGGUGAGGGAGAGGUUUUAUGGCUGAUCCCUGAUUUAGCAUAUUGUCUAAGACUGCAAUUCUGUACUUGCUUACCUGGGAAUAAGUCCAACUGAACACAGUGGAUUGUGGUGCUAGAAGACGAACAAAGCAGGACACCUAGCUUGCCUUCUAAAACCACAGAGAAGGAACUACAAUGGGAACAAAUCAGCAACUCUGCUUGAUUCUUCCUGUUAGCAAAAAAUGUUUGUUCAUUCUAAGCCAGGUGGAGAGCACUGUGUGUGCAGUCUCACCUGCAAAUUCCAUGAGUAUCCUCUGCCACCUAGGCUUCUUGGAGGCCCCAUCCGCUGCAUGGCCCUGCGCCCUGCUAGAAUGUUAACACCCCUUUUCAGGUUCUCCAUCAUCCCCACCAAGGGAGGUUGAGCCCACAGGUCAAGAACAGUUCUGUUUCUGCUGCCGCUAUAGCUGUUGUGGCAGCAGCAAGUGCCCAUGUUUGGUCACCAGAGGGGAUUGGGAAAGUGCCAAAUGGCAAGACUGGGAGAGCAGAAAGGAAUGCAUUAUUUUAUACACAUCCAUUUUUUUCCUCAGAGUGGCAAACUGGUUACCAAAAUGUUCCAGAAGAUUCAAGAAUUAAUUGAUGACAAAGAUGCCCUUGUAUUUGUACUGAUCGAUGAGGUAUGGCCACAGCAUCAUUUUAAAUGUUAAAACAUUGGCUGCAUUACAUUUCUGGGUCAUGGUGGGAGAUAAAAUGACAGAAGGGGCGAUUUUGAUUGGCAAGAAGAUUAUCAUAUUAUUUUAGCAUAACUUAUUUUCAGUCCCUUUUUACAUUUAUGAUAAUGGUGUUUGAGAGUUGCUGUAGAUGGCAACUUAGUUGACAGGACAAGGAAAGUCCUAAAUGUGACUGGUUGAGUUGUUUUGCAUAGAUGCCUCCUGAAUGUAGGACAGAGUAGCUGUACACACAUUAAAUACAUGUGCUACUGUGAUUACUGUUUCUAAAAAUAUGAGAGAGAGCUACUUUUGUUUGUUUGUUUUUGUUUAAGGUGGAAAGUCUCACAGCAGCACGUAGUGCUUUUCGGGCAGGGACAGAACCUUCUGAUGCCAUCCGGGUUGUAAAUGCAGUCUUGACACAAAUCGAUCAGAUCAAAAGGUAACAAGCCAAAUUUAUAACUUUUUCUGGAAGGGUAUAAAUUGCCCAGGAACAAUUGGAAGGCACAAAAGCAAAGGAGCUACUUUACAAGAUCUGAUUAGUAGGUCCUAAUAAGGCAAUGUUUAUAUCCUCCCAUCUGGCAUAAAAUAUGAUCAGAUGAUAUUUGCCAUUCUUACAGGAUAAUUGCUCCAUCCAGGUUUCAUUGGAAAGCAUCCAGAUUCAUUUGUCCAGUUCUGAGUGGGUCCCUUUAGUUGUUGAGGCAGUAGGUAUCCCUACAACACUUUUGUGCAGUCCCAGUGUCCUUUGGAGUCCUCUAAACCUCAGCUUUCACCUUUUAGAUUCAAAGUACGUUCUUAGCUAUUGUAGUCGCAGAGUGGCAUGGCAAAAAUUUCAGAUUAACUCCUUCAGGUGCAGUCACCAGCCAUGUACCCAAGAGGCUAUCAAUGCAAAUGUAACUGACAGUGGAAACUUUCAAGUGUUGAACCUAUGAAAUGAGUGUUACAACAUCUGUGUGUGUUUCUUAAAGGUAUCCUAAUGUAGUUAUCUUGACGACCUCAAAUAUCACGGAGAAAAUUGAUAUGGCCUUUGUGGACAGAGCAGAUAUCAAGCAAUACAUUGGCCCACCUUCUGCCGAAGCAGUGUUCAAAAUAUAUCUUUCUUGCUUGGAGGAACUAAUGAAGGUAAACUCUCAGAAGCUCUUAUCAUCCACAUUGUAUCAAAUCCUUAGAGGCACGACUAGCAUCCUAGAAUUCCAACAAAACAUUAGAAUGUGGGCCCUCACAGUAAAACGCUGUGUAUGUGUGAGACUGUUAGGAUAUAGUUCCAUUCCACCUUUAGAACAGAUGUGUGGAUUGUUGUAUGUCACAUGUCUGUUUACUUCCAGCACAGUCUGCUGGGGACUUCCGUUGUAUAUUGCUUUUGCUAUGCUGCUGUUUGCUGGGACACGAAGGGAAGCAGACAUGUUUUUCCUUUGUUCCUGAUGCUGAAUACACGCCUGUAAAUAUGCUUACAUAAGCCUCUGUCCGCCACUUCCGUUGUGAAAAGUUACUUACUCUGCUGAUUAGAGCGUGCUCAGUCUCUGAAGGCUUCUGAGGCUCAAGUUGCUGAUAGAUGCUGUUCCAAGAACCGGAGUUCGCCCUGCUGCUGGCCGGUGGCUGGAGCCAGCUGGGGGCCUGCCAAAUGCCCCCGUCUCCCUGGAUGCAUCCCAACGGAGAUGCCCUCUUUGCUCAAGCAGGAGGCAGCCCCAAGUCAGUGCAGAGGGGGGUGUUGGUGAGGCCUCCCUCCUCUAGCAAGUGACAGUGUGGUCAGGCUGGCUCUGGCUUUCCCUUGGCUGUGAGAGAAGGUGAGGUUUGCUGAGCUGUCCGAUUGGGUGCCCAGGCUUUCUCCACCUCCCAUCCAGCUAUAAAGGGAGGGCUAUCUUGUGAUCACCUGCCACCCUUCUGAGGGAAGGAGGAGAAAAGGACUGGGCAGCUGCUGAAGCUCAGCAGAGCCAUGAGGAAAAUCCUAGGGGCGUCUCAACUCUCUCCCUUUUCCUCAGUCCUGGAAUAGGGAAGUCAUUGUUCCCUUUGAAUGAGCAACCUGACCCUUAAAGGAAAUGGAACACAUUCCUUCUCUUCUCUCCACCCCACAUGAGCCCAGAGCAUCUGUUUCACAGGAGAGGGAGGGAGGCGUGAGCAGUUCGUUUCUGCCACUUUUCAGGGUUUAAAAAACCUUUUGGCUUUUUCAAAAAAAAAAAUCUGCUUCUCCAUACCUUGGUGUUUGCAUACCUUGGGUCUGUUUGUCCCUAUUGUUGCUUUUCUGCUUACAGAUGUUUGAUUAUCGUUGUUCCAUCAUUUACCUCUGAAUGCUCAUUACGUUACUUACCUGCGUUAGAUAAUGGUGAGCUACUAGUAGACAGCAUGUGGGGAGUUUUUAAAAUAAAAAAUAUAAUUUGUUUUUGGGUUGUAACCAGGGCCCCCAGGGUGGUAUACAAAACAUUCAAACAAACCAGAUUGAGAAAAGAACUGUGUGUGUGUGUGUGUGUGUGUGUGUGUUUAAGCAAACCUCUGAGGAGUGGAAUAACCUCCACAAUCUGCAAAUCAUUAAGAGCUGUGUGGAAUAGACAUUGUUUUUACUUCCCACCUGAAGGUGAACCCAGGUGAGGCCAGUCUCGCCUCCCUUGGGAGGGAGUUCCAGCUGGAAUGAUCCUGUGUGUUCCCCCCAACCUUUGUUAUGUUUUGAGUAGUAAUGCACUUGUGAGAUUUAUGCAUUUCUUACAGAUAAGAUCUUUUUCCUCCCAAGUGCCAGAUAAUAUAUCCUCGACAGCAGCUGCUGACACUCCGUGAGCUGGAGGUGAUCGGUUAUUUAGACAGUGAUGUGUCGAAACUGAGUCUCAUAUUGAGAGAAAUUUCAAGGUAGGAUUCCUGGUUUCAUUUAAUCUGUCUUUUAAUUUUACCCUCACAUGUAAAGUGAAGGUUGUGGUUCUUCACUUACUCUCCCAUGAAAUCAAAUGCUUGUGUUUUCAGAAUACAGGCCAAAGUGAGAAAUUAUCCUCUGCUGUUUCUUGAUGGAUCUGUGCAGGUUUAGUACUUUUUUGGGGGGGAUAAGCAAAUAAUGCAGCUUCUAAUAGGGUAAUAAAAUUCCCUGAUUUUUAAUGAGCUUUUUGCUAGAGGAAAACUAUUAUAACUUAGUGCAGCACUGAAAAUGCAAGUGCUUAUGGCAAGUAUGAAUUGCGUCCAGGUGACCCAGAAGGGAGAAGCCUUUCCAAAGGGAAAUUAACUGGUCGUCCUCUUCCACAUGUGAUCAACAUAGGUAUGUGGGCCACUGCAUUUUAUGGUCUAGGACAGGCUUCCUCAACCUCGGCCCUCCAGAAGUUUUUGGCCUACAACUUCCAGGAUCCUUAGCUAGCAGGACCAGUGGUCAGGGAUGAUGGGAAUUGUAGUCUCAAAACAUCUGGAGGGCCAAGGUUGAGGAAGCCUGGUCUAGUAGCUUCUGUGAUCUAAGGCUAGUUCUGUCCUUUUUCUUGAUAUUUCAUCACACUCUUUCUCAGGGAAUGUAGAAUUGUUUUGUGGUCUUUGAAUAACUUUCUGAAAUAAUUAAUAAACGUUCAAUAGUGAACAAGAGUUGCUGCACUUUAUCUGCAAAAUGCCUUUCCUUGUCACAAAGUAAAUUGCAAGAAUAACAAAAGGAAGACUUUUUUUCUUUUUAAAAAGUAAACCAGCUUUUCAUGUCAAAUACAUCAAGGCAUAUACCUACAAAAAAAGCAAUGGAAGAAGUCAUUCUGGUUCUGGGCAAGGCUUAGAACUCCUCUCCACUCCCAACAUCCAAAUAUCAGCAUAGAGGGAACUUUCUGUAGGAAAACUGAGUUCCCAGCUGCAGUCUGAACAAGUACAGUCUUAUCUCCUCACCCGCUCUUUGUGAUAACUAGGUCUAAGGGAGACUCAGUUCUGAACACCACAGCUGCUGACUACCAACAAGAAGAGAUGUUGUAGAAAUUACCAGUCUCGUAUCCUAAUUUUGCUAUUCAUAGCACACUUAGCACUUCCUUAUGUGCUUGUAUUUGUGAACGUGAGCCUGAUGCCUCUCCUGCUUCUGUAUUUAAUACAGGAAAAGUGAAGGACUUAGCGGCCGUGUUUUAAGGAAACUUCCUUUUCUGGCACAUGCACUUUACAUUCAGGUAAGGCCCUGCUCCUUGUUCUUGUUACUGCAGGGACGGGCCGUCUUCACUUGCUGGCUUCCUCUGACCCAGGGAUUUGGUGCCAACAGCACCUACUCUUUGUUGACCCAUUUCAGGCUUCUGUAUAUGGCUUUUGGAACUUGCUCUAAUGUAUUUAUUGCCCAUUGGCUUUCCCCCAGUUUUGAUGGAAUUUAGCAAUUCACCUUCUGCUUGUAAAAUGCUGAUGCCAUGGGGCCAGUCCCUCCCUCUCUUAUGUGAUGGAUACACUUACCUUGACACUGGUUUUACUUUUAUUUUUAUUCUAGUCACCUAACGUCACAACGACAGCUUUCCUUCAAGCCUUGUCACUUGUGGUGGACAAGCAAUUUGAAGAAAGAGCAAAACUUGCAGAUUGCGUUUGACAAUUCUCCUUCCUCCUCCAGUGCUUGACUGAGUAGAACACUUCCAUUAGUUACUCUGUUGUAUUGUCUUUCUGCAUGAUUGUUAGGACUUAUUAAGGAACCUGUAAAAACCUGAAUAAGAAGUAGGGAAAUGUAUAGUUUUUUCAAUGGUGUGUUUCCAAGUGCAGUUUAGGCAUAGAAACUUUAUAUACACUGAAGAGCUUUAUUUCAUUUGAGCUGUAAACCUGAUUAAUUCCUAAAAAUAACUAUUUUUGUCACUGUUCAUGUACAUUUUUUAAAGCUGUAUUGGAAAUUCUGCACUUUGUGUACCUG